AUGCUCGCUUUCCUCUUUGCCCUCGCUACCGUGUCCGGUGUUGCUCGGGCUUCGUUCACAAUUUCUCCAGCUGGGAAUACGGUGGCUCAAUGCUCGAGCAUAGAUCUGGUCUGGACGGAACAGCACGUAUGGGUCGCUCCGAACCGCGAGAUUGCCCCAGGUGACCCAGUUCUGGAGGAUCUCGGUAUCAUCAACCAGCAGUUCUUCCUGUGGACAGUCGAUCUUCCUGUUGUGUCUCUUAACGUAUCACUCUCUGCCAUCAUCCUUAUAGAAUUCAAAUUGCGUUCCCGGAAACCCGUCCGAUCCUUCUACCUCCAACACCACUCCUUCCUCGACGAUAACUUCUACCUCUACCUCUUCUACCACCCCGACGUCCACCCCUUCCCGACCAACAACGACGUCCACCCCGGUGACAUCCACAUCGACUCCUCCGAAGACUGGCCUGACGACUGGAACCUCCUCAAAUACAGCGACGAGUUCCAUCUCUCGCAGUACCACCCUUGCAAGCUCGGACUCCCUUCUUCAAACAACUCCGCAAUCAACAUCUACAUCAUCCUCUACCCCCGUGGACCAUCAACAGGAGUCAUCGCAGGCGCGGCAGCUGGAGGAGCGGCGUUUUUCGUCGCGCUCAUCGUUGGGAUAGCGGUGUUCGUCUGUAUGCGAAAGCGGCGCCGGGAGGCCACCCACGGGAUGCUCGUGGACCCCUUCGGCAAUGAGCAUACUACGAUCUCCCCAAAUCCGGCUUCCAGCGACUUUGGACACCGACCACAAAUGAAGUACGCACCUGUGCCGCUAACCCCGGAGGCAUCACACUAUCGCGGACAAUCGCAGGAUACCUCAGUGCCAGGCCGGAAUGGAGAGUCGAGCCAAUAUUACCAGCAUGCAGGUAACGUGGGCGUAUAUGGUGAUGCAGUAGUAGCGAGCUCCAUAGCGGGAAGCAGAGCCGACCUCGUGUCAAACUCAGGGGUAGGCCCAGAACCACGACCAUUGGCCAACGUCCCUCUGUCGCCACGCGGAGACAGUCUCGCCAACGCCUAUCCACGACAAUCCGGUCUUGCGAUGAUGGGUAGCCGCAUGAGCGAGUCGGAGAUCGUGAUGUCGGAUUUCAGUUACUCAUUGGCGUAUGGGUCGGACACUGGGUCGUCAGCCCCCCUUCGCCCAUCCGCAACUGCCACGACGUCUCCCACCUCCAGUAGUACCUCGAGGCGCAACCGCGAGGUCGACGCGGGCAGCGUGCACAUGGACGCGGAAGGCGUUGCAAGCGCACGGCAGACGCUUCCACCUGCGUACGAGGACCUGCCAGAGAGUGCGCACCAGCGGGCGAUGCAGAGGAACGUGCCGCCGCUUGGCCCGCUGCGGUCAUGGUCUGGGUCGAACGGAGCGCGGUCGUCUGUGGGCGCGAACCCCGAUGGUGACAAUCUCGCGCCAUUAAGGACGAAGUUUUGA